GUCUCUGUUUCGGGCGUCUUUGUUUGCUUUGCUGAUCUGCUAGGCAUGAAUUUGAAGUGUCCAACUAACUUUGAUCUUGUACACCGAGCCCUUGAGCGCCUCUUGAGCGCAAUUUUCCGGCGGGAUGAAGCUCGCAUUUCCACAAGUAGCGCAUGGAGCUACUCGGAGAGGCUUGGGAGGAACUAUACAGCCCGAUCCCUGGGGACGUCCCUCUCCCUACGAAGCUCUCAGCUUGUACCAUGCCACCAACACCGAUCACAAUGCGCCAAACGACACAGCAGUAAUGCCGCAGCACCUUCGACAAAGAAACCCAAUACCCUAUCCCAACAUAGGAAUGAAAACCGAACAUCUACUUCCAUUUCUAUAUCCGACCAAGUCCGCCUCCUCAUGCGACGAGUACCAUACCCAGUCGCAAUCAUAACAGCAACCGACCCCUCUGGCCCGGCAGAUACAUCUUCUUUCCGUGGAAUGACCGUCUCGUCGUUCAGUACUGUCACGCUCACACCGCACCCUGUCAUCUCAUUUAAUGUGCGCCGGCCAUCAGAGACGCUAAACGCGCUGCUUGCUUCGGGUCGGUUCUUGGUUCACCUGCUAGCGCCUGGUCCUGCGACAGCGAUCCUAGCGAGAGAUUUCUCCAAGGGGAAUACCACGCUUGCGGCUAUGUUGAGUGGACAUGGGGAGUUUGAGUUUGCCGCUUUGGAUGCUGGUAUUGAGGGGCAUUCUCAGAGACCACUUCCCAUUCUUAGGCGGAGGGGUGAGGGCGACGUUGGGUCUUCGUCACCCAAUGCGGGUGUUGACUUCCCUUUCGUUUUUGAGUGUGAGCUACAUCCGAAUAAGAUUGAGGUUCAUGACCAUUCGAUUGUGUUGGGCACCAUUGUUCGGACAAUUGAGGGUUCGGAAUCUGUUUCUUCGGACUUGGAUGAACAUUCGAGAGGCCGGCUUUGUUUGACAUAUGCGAACACAAAGUUUUGGAAGAUGGGAAACGAGGUUUGA